CAGCGACGUUGAGCACCCAAUUCGACAAUGCUUGCUUGCUGGCUGGUUCAGUUUUAAUUCUGACGGCUGACAGUUGAGUUGAUUUCGUGCGUAGAACGCGGAACGUCAAAGCUAACGAAGCUGCCUGCUCUUUGACUGACUUUACUUUUACUGUCUUUGGCGACAGUGACUGUGCGUGGUGUUUGUGAGUGUAUGUGGUCGAUGAACCAUUUUUUUUUGGCUUUUGCCAAACACUAAAGUUUGCUUUACGUUGUUUGAAUUGGAAUCAAACGAUUACCGUUUAAAAAAUAAAAGUGAUACUAAAUAUUUGCAAAAGGGAUAAAAGUUGUGUAGUUUUCUUCAAAACAAAAUUUAGUGACAUAGUGAAUUUCGGCGAGAAGCUUGCUACGACAGGAGUAGGAGCGAAAGAAGCAGAAGCAGGAAGAAUUUAGCGAAAAUUUCACAGAAACUGGUCCUUGCACUGUCUCCAACUCCAGCCACAAAAAGGAAGUCUGCAGCUAGAAGAUCCGAACGAUUUCGAUAAAAGAAAUGAGACAAUGAACGAAGUCCGUCAAUGAAAUUUUGCUUCCAAAGCAUUUUGACUGUUGUUUGACUAGAAAAAACAAAAACUAACGGAUCCUGCCAGUCUAAAGUACUCAAAGCCGCUGUUAAUCAGAACAGUCUGUUAACCUACUAACAGCAACUUAAAAUUUAUAAGUUUAAGCUCUCUUCACAUAAGUAUAAAAAUAUUUUUAAACGAAAGCAAAAAAUAAAUCAACACAUACAAAAUGGGUGCAACACGUGACAAGCCAUUCAUCAAUAAGAGUCUAAUCUCGCUCAAAGUCGUAGUUUUCUUCGUAAUUAGCGGCAUAACCGCGCUGCAUGUGCUGCAUGCCACCAAACCACUACUGCUCGGUCUGAAUUUCAAUGAGUAUCGACGUAUUAGCAUUAUUGCGCCAUUCGUCUCCAUAUUGGGACCACUGAUUGCCGGCCCUCUGGCGGAUCGCUUGGCUGCCAAAAAUGCCACCAACUUCGGACGUAUACUCCGCUUUCUCACUGCCCUCUUUCUCAUACUCGCUGUCAUCGUGUACGCUUGUCUCUUUGCCAUACCUGAGGUGAAGCGAGAAGAAGCACGCCGACCACUGGUCAGCUUCGGUUGUGACAUGAGCGGCGCAGUUAUAUUUCAGGAACGUUGCUCCAAAGAUGCCACCUGUCACAAUUGGAAAGAGAAAGUGGGUAAUGUGAAUUUAACACGUUGCACCUAUACCUGCCAAGAUCCCACCAAAUACGAAAGUAUGUAUACACCAUGGUUUGAUGGUAUUCCCACACCAUUGCCCUCGACGGAACAAAGUUCAGAGUUUGAUUAUGAAGAUGAAUCUGUUGCGACAUCAACAGAGAGUUUACGUACACGACGUGCCAUUGGCGGUUCGGCUGAGAAUGGUGGCGAGUUGCUGAGCGCUGAGGUGCAACAGCGGAGACGCGUGGAGCGUGCGACGAAAGGUGGAACACCAGAGAAAAUUUAUGUAGAACCACCACAUUUGUGUCUCACUGAGAAGACCAGCACCGGCGAGACUUUGGUGAAAACUUGUCACGUCUAUACAUAUGACACUAAUAGUAUUGUUGUCAAUUCAGUAUUACGUGCAGCAGAACAUAGCAACGACAAUGAUACACACAGUGAUGAGUGGUGUAAAUAUCCGUUAGAUGGCUUCCAGUGUAAUAUACCACUCAUACAGGCUAACCACAUGAAGGACCUCAAGAAUGGCACCGCAUGCAAGCCGAUGAUUGAAUGUCAAGUGAUUGAUCCCUACGACAGCAAAGGCAGUGUAUUGGCCGAUAGUGAAUGCAUUAAAAUAACUGGCGACUUGGAUGCCACAUUGGGCGGCUACACUGCCAUUCGUCUGCUGGGCGAUAUUUUCGUUUUGGCCGCAUUGACGUUACUCAAUACCGCUAUCGUUAUAGCUGUACGUGAAACAUCGGAGGGACGCGGCGAGGUGUGCCGUCAGUAUGCUUGGGGUGCCAUCGGCUAUGUGCUACUCUUCUCACCCAUCGAUUUAUUCGCCUUCAAUAGCGAGUCGAAACAUGAUGCCGCACUAGUGGCACUAAUCCUUGUCAUUGUGUGUUUGCUCAUCGGUGCAUUAGUGUUGCUUUUUGCCUCACAAAUGCCACUCAGUCCGCCAGAGUGGUGGUGGCAUACAAAGACCGGCAUGUUGGUCUAUCCCAUGUCAGCCAUACGUCGUUAUAGUCCGGAAAUAUUCGUACUCACACUGGUCGCCAUACUAUUCGGCACAUUCUGGAGUAGCAUACAUAGUUUUCUCAUUUGGACAUUCAGCGAUGCGAAUGCGGUCACCUAUUCCGGUUUGAUCUUGGUUUUGGUGCUCUUCUUCAAUGUGGACAAAUUCAUUGAAUAUUGUGGACAUUCGAAUAUCUUUAUCGCUGGCUUUGCGGUUUUCAUCAUACGCUUCACGGCGUUGAGUGGUGAAGGCACUCAAUGGCUGACUGUUGUCAUGGAGGCAAUUGAGCCGGUCGUCGUCGGUGUUGUGUGGAUUACGAUUAUACUGUAUAUGCGUCAUGCGAUGCCCAGAAAAUUGACAGCCACCGGACAGGCUGUGGCUGUGUUGGCAUUCUUUGGCAUUGGCAAAGGUUUGGGUGCCGUCAUUGGUUUGGCGCGUGACGAUAAGGAGCCCAAAGUCGAUGCGCAGGCCAUCCAUCAGUGGCUGGCGAUUGUCGCCUGCAUCAUUGCACUCGUUUACUUCAUCAUUUACAAUUUGAUAUUGGCGCCGCGCUGUACAGCUAAAUCGCAACACAUCGAGGAGUUAAUUUCCGGUUCGGCAUCGCAGAAUUAUAGCAACGGCACCAAUGGGGCUGGCGGUAGCACCGGCCAAGGUAGUACCAGUGCUGGUGCGGCCUUGAAUGGCAACUCGAAUUAUUCACCACUGCGGGUGUAUCAUAAUGAGCGAGGGAAAUUGGGACAAUUUAGAUUUUAAAUUUGAUGCGCUUUCCUGUACAUACAUACAUACGUAUAUACAUACAUGCAGCUAUAUAUGCAGACAUGACUGCGUACAUUGAUUUGAGCGCGUUUGUAUGUACGUAUGUAUGCACAUAUAAACAUGUAUUUGUUUAAAGAAGUUAUAUAUUUUAUAUGUAUAA